AUGUCGUUAUUAUUACAAAGGUCUAGAUUCUAUUUGAAGGACAAAGGAAACUUUGGGUCAGAUGCUUCCUUGUUUACCGCCGUCUACAACCCACGACAUCUGAUAGUGGAGCCGAUACCGUACUAUGCUACACUUUUACAAGAGAAAUUUAAAGACAAUCCAAGGGUCACUGUUCUAAAUUUCGGACUCGGACUGAAAACGGAAACGAUUGCUAUUGAAUUGAAAGGUGAAGGUUCUAACAUCUAUUCGAAUGAUUUUGGUCAGAAGAAAAUAAAUGUAAGUGUCAUUAAUUCUACAGAAUUUUUCCAAAAUCUUGGCGUAGGAAUAUACAGUGUAGAUCUACUUUCUAUGGACUGUGAAGGCUGCGAACUUGAUGUUCUAGAAAAUCUUCUAGAAACUGGAAUGGUGAAAUAUUUCAAAAAUAUUCAGCUCGAGAUACACACCUUGGCUUAUUUUAUUAUAGACAGGGAAGAUUAUUUAAGACGGUACUGUACACUCCAGGAACAUAUGCGGCGGACACAUAGAUUAACGUAUCAAUACAAACACAUGUGGGAAAACUGGAGACUGUUAGAUUUGAAAUAAAAAUAGAAAUUUGAAAUACGAAUUUGUAAUAUCAGACUAGGAUAAAUCUAAUAAAA